UAAAGCCAUAAAACUCAGCUCCCAACCAUCAACACCUAAGCUUCCCGCUUUCCUCUUGCGCUCUCAGCUCCUUUUGAGACUAAUUUGCUCCGUCCUACAUAUAUUCUCCUUUUACACCUAUCAGAAAAGAAAAACAAUGGCAGGGAUAGCAAAGAGAGUAAACCAUACGCUGCUUCUUCUAGGUGUAUUGGUUUUCCUGGGUGAAGCUUCCGCCAGAGAGUUCCAGGUUGGAGGCUCCCAAGGAUGGACUGUGCCCAAAGACACUACCACCAACCCCUACAACCAGUGGGCGGAGAAGAACAGGUUUCAGAUUGGAGAUUCUUUGUUGUUCGUCUACCAAUCAAGCAGCGAUUCGGUGCUUCAGGUAAGCCGGGAUGACUACAGCAACUGCAACACGGCAACGCCAAUUGCCGCCUUCAACGACGGUCGCACCACCUUCACGUUCAACCGAUCGGGAUCUUUCUAUUUCAUUAGUGGAGUUGAAGACAACUGCAAGAAGAAUGAAAAGCUCGUGGUGGUUGUGUUGUCUGAUAGAACCAAACAAACCCCUACUACUUCCCCAGCGACCAAUCCUCCAACCACAUCUCCAUCUCCAUCUGGGAAAUCUCCUUCCUACAACGGCGUCUCAUCUUCUAAAAUGGGAAAAGCGGCUGCCAUUUUUGGAGCACUUGUCGGUCCACUCAUUCUUAUGGCUCUAUGAGUUCUUUUUCUUUUUCAUGCUUCGUUUGCUGGCAUGUGGUUAAGUCCUGAAUUUGUGUCACCCUUUGCUCUUCCAAUGCAGUUUGCCUAAUGAGUGUCCGUAAAUUUUCACGUCUGAUUUGGUCGGUGUCAGAUUGUUCUGUCUGUUGUUCUGAUUUUAUCAAUAUUAUUUAAUGAAAUAUGGAUUGCAAUA